AUGGCAUUUCUCACUGAACUUUUGCCGAAUUUGUCUGGUUUCAGUGCAUUGGGUGACUUUGACUACAAGCAGAUAAAGGGCCAAUCUCCGGCUGACCAAUUGGUCUCUCCGGAGCCCGAUGUCACUGCAAUUGCACGAGUAAAAUCGGAGGACGAGUUGCUGGUGUUGGCCUGUGACGGUGUUUGGGAUGUUUUCAGCAAUGACCAACUCUGUGAGUACCUUAUCCACCGGCUUAAGUGUUCCUGCUCCCUCUCCGAAGCCUGCGAGGAGACCAUCGAUACGGCUCUCUUCAAAGGUAGCAGAGACAAUAUGACCAUGCUGAUAGUGGGUUUGGACAGCGUGCCCACUCCUGAUCCUGAGAUGACCAAACUGGACAAGGAGCUCAACACUGCUAUCCGUGAGAUGAUCGAAAACGUCAUCGAAAUGUACAAGGACACCGACCGAUUUACCUCCUCUUCCAUCAGCAACGUGAUAGAGAAUCGAUCUCUCCCCAACUAUCCUCCUGGUGGUUUAGUCACCAAACGCGCCCUGAUCGAAAGCAUCUGCUCUAGUCACCCCGAGGUUUCAGAUUGCAUCAACAUGGGCGGGUGA